CCCUCGAUUUGCUGGCAGCGCUCCCACCAAUGCAGCCCAGGAUGCUGAGAACCUGGUGUGGCUCCCUGCCUCCAUGACCCCAGCUGCUUGCUCUCUCCAGCCCCAGGGGAGCCCAGGGACAGGCGAUCUGGUGCUGGGCUGCACGUCUGACAGGCGUUGCUCUUUUGGUUCCAGCCUCUGGUGCCCAUUCCAUGCGGUGGCGUUUAACCUCAUCGUCUUCAUGCUGCUGGCCUGUCACACACGAGCUGUGUUUGCUGAUCCAGGCAUGGUCCCUCUCCCUGACACCGCUAUCGACUUCUCUGAUCUGCGCAGUGGCACGCCCCACAAGAAUGACCGGGGCAAUGAGGACUGGACAGUGUGCAAUCGCUGUGAGACGUACCGGCCACCCCGAGCGCACCACUGCCGCAUCUGCCACCGCUGCGUGCGCCGCAUGGAUCACCACUGCCCCUGGAUAAACAACUGCGUGGGCGAAUUAAACCAGAAAUACUUCAUCCAGUUCCUCUUCUACACGGGGCUGGCCAGCCUCUAUGCCAUGGGGCUGGUGCUGACCACCUGGCUGUGGCCAGCAGACAAGGGAUUGUCAGAGAACGUGGCAGAAGCAGAUGGAGGCGCCUCAAACAGCCACGUCCACAUGGCCCACUGCAUCAUCCUACUGGUGGAGUCCGUCCUCUUUGGCCUCUUCGUCACAGUCAUAUUCUACGACCAGGUGGUCUCCAUCAUCACAGAUGAGACCCCGAUCGAGCAGCUGAGGAACCGGCUACUGAAGGAGGCGAACCGGGAGGUGGCACACACACGGAAGCCCAAGAUUGCCCUGUUGCGGGAGGUGUUCGGGCGAGGCUUUGUGAUCUGCUGGUUUUUCCCCUGUAACUGCAGCCCACCCUCAGGUGGGGGCCCGUCCUACAGCUACCUGCCCAACUAUGAUGUAUGACCUCCUGGCUGCAGCAGUUCCUUUGCCCUGCCAUCACCUGGGCAGCUGCUGCCUCUUGCCUGUGGCCCCAGGGAGACGGAUGACAUUCAUCUGUUUCUGUUGGCUUUGCAGAGCUGGCCCGAGAGUGGCCUUGCACUAGGCAGGUGCACCGAAGCCAGACAUAUCAGCGGGGGUGCUGGCUGGGCACCUGCCUUCCUUGGGAAGCAGCAACUGAGAGCUGGUGCACUCUCCAGCCUCUGUGCUGGACUCCCCAUAGCAUCAGGGCUGCCGACAGUCUCUGUUGGCUCUGGAGUGCCUCUUCUGCAGUGGUGGCCCUUUCCACACUGCCAUGAGGACAUGCUCAUCUGCUCCCCUGCUGUGCUCUUUGCAGUCCGAUCAGUGUUAAUUGUUGCCUGGGAGCCUCCAUCAUGUACUCGAGGUGCUGGUGCCAAGUACUACACAAACAGAACAAGGAGCCCCACAAGCCCAUGGGAGACACUGGUGGGAGCACAGAGCAUGGCAGCCAGCCACAGACAGGCACUGUGGCUAAUUGUGAUGUGAAGGUAGAAGGCAAAGAAGCUCCCCCAAGUAAGGGGGGCUGGAGAGGAUGAUGUGGCUUGUCCCCGGGAACUAGCCCUCCCAUUUGCCAGGGAAGGGUGUCAUGCUGACUGCCCAGGUGGCAGGGGCCCAGCCCUUGGAGCACAAUGGAAUGAGGCAGGGCAGUAUCCCUGGUCCCUGUUAAUCUGCUGUGUGGCCCCCAGAGCAGGUGCAGCCCUUGCGCAGCACUGCUUGUGACCUAGGCUGUCACUGCCCCAACUUCCCACCCAGACCACCCUGGGCAGUCUGGUUGGACACUGGCCCCAGGCACCACAGGUCAAACCCUUCCACUGGAGCGGGGUGGGCAUGCUGCUAUGCUGAGGCUGCCUGCAGGGAUCCUGCUCCUGCCAGGCACAGGCAGUGCCCACCUCUCCCACACGCAGCGAGGCUGGUGAACAGGCUGCUGGCCCAGGUGCUGAGGGCAGUGGGUGUCAGGACAGCUCAGGCAAAAGGUAGGAACCCUUCCCUUGCCCUGCACUAUUGCAGCUGGCCCCUCUGGCAUGCUCCUCGCUCGGCUGGGAAGCGGGGCAUGGGGUCUGGGGUACUGUCAGGUGUCAGAGUGGUCAAGGCUGCCUGGAGUAGCUGCCCAGUGGCCUGGGGUUUCCUGAUGGCAGGGCCUCCCCACCACCUGCGGGUGCAGGACUGAGCUGUGCCACUGUGGUAGAGCCUGCUGGAUUCUGCGAGUUCGUGCUGGCUUGGUUCUGGGUUGACCGCCGUGCUCCCUCAUUUGAGGUGACCUGGGGCUGGUGCCCCAGCCCAGCUGCUCCUUCCCCUGUGGGAGCAUGCAGGGCAGCUGGCUGUCUCCACUCUCCAGGGUGGCUGGUAGCACAGCCUGGCCCCUGCUCCCUGCAAGCACCUGCAUCCCUGGCAAUGCCCUCCCCUCUGCCUGGCGCCUCCCCCAGGGCCCUGUUCAAGUAGCCCCUGGCCCAUGAGCAUCACUGGGAGACCUGGAGAGAGUGGCUGAACCCCAGACCCACCAUUCUGGUCCCAGAUGGACCAGCCUCCUCGGAAGCCUCCAGGGAAGGAGACUGCAACUUCUUGAGGCUGCUGGGACCCCAUACUGGGGUUGGCUGGAGUCCUGCCUCCCCUGUGUGUUACAAGUCACCACGGAGGAGAGCUGCAUUAAUAAAGUCUCUUCCUUGGUGGGA